UUUAGGCCUAUGGAAACUAUGAAAACAAUAAAAGUUACUUUUUGGGCGACAAAGCUGUAAAUAAUUCUUCAGAGACAACUUGGGAUCACAAUUAAUAAAAAAAAAAAACUUAAACGGAAAAAAACUUUAUAUUAUGUUCAUAAUUUCAUUGACAGUUUGACUGAGUCAACUGACCAUAAAAAAGUCGAUUUAGAUUGCCCAGUGAAGCGAUGUGUACGUGUUUACUUGCGAUAUGCAUAUUCAUUUAUUUUGUUGAUUAUCUUUUAUCUCUGUGGUUAUUUUUUGACAAUUAUUUCAUUACAGAAUUAUAUCUGAAUCAGCUAGGUCGAAUAGGCAACUCGACCUUUGGACUUCGGUGUAUGAUAACUCACUGUGCUGCUUUCCUGGCACUCCUGCUACUUUCGCACGAAUAAACUAAUAAAUGCAUUGACAAUCUGUAUUGUUCAUUAUCUAAGGGAAGCGAUCUAAAGAUGGCGGGGAUCGUGAGCGUCCUAUCUGUAGUAGUGCAAUCAGUGGGCUCCCCUGCACUGGUUGUUGGUGGAAUAACAAUCCUGCUGUACCUGAUCUACCAGGUCUUCUACCAAGGGGGGAAGAAAUAUCCCCCUGGUCCGACGGGUCUACCUGUAUUUGGAAGUGUGUUUAGUUUGCUCCUCACGAAACGACAGCAGCACGAAGUGGUCAACGAAUGGAGUCAUAAGUAUGGACCCAUCUUCGCAUUCAAAAUGCUCGGGACCAGGGUCUAUGUUCUAACCGAUCCUGGUCUAGUUUCGGAUGCCUUUCACUCAAGUCCUGAUAUCAAUGACAGGAUGUCUAUGGCUAUUGCAGAUGAAAUUACGGGCAGACCUAAUAACGGCUUAGUGGCCUCAGUGGGUGAAGUAUGGAAGGAACAUCGUCGCUUCUUUCUGACAGUUUUCAAGAAGAUCGAUUCGGGUGUAAUAAGAUUUGAAGAAAUCAUCGGCUCGGAGGUCGAAAGAUUCUUGAAGGAGGUAGAAAAGAAAGACGGCGAGAGCUUCGACCCCUGCAACGCGAUCAACGUCGGCGUCGCUAACAUCAUCACCCGGCUCGUCACCGGUGUCAACUACGACCACGAAGACAAGGACUUCCAGCACCUCAUCGACUGCUCGGAUCGCAUCUUUCAAAUCAUGGGUCCGGCCGGACUAUUCACUCUGAUUCCAAUCCUCGCAAAGAUCCCCUCACCGGUCAAGACAGAGAUCACAAACCUCAGUUUAGAGAUUCUCAAAAUGGUCAGGAAAUCGAUCGAAAUUCACAAAACCGAGUUUGAUCCGGAAGAACCGGCGAGGGAUUUCAUCUCAUGUUACUUGAAAGAGAUGCACCGACGGAAGGAAGAGAAUGAUCCGGGAACAUUUGAUGACAUCAAUCUACUUACUAGUAGCUUCGACGCGCUCAUGGGCGGCUGGGAGACAUCGACCACCGCUAUCUCCUGGAUGACUUUCACUCUGGCCGCUCAUCCUGAAGCUCAACGUCGAGUUCGUCAGGAGAUCCUCGAUGUCGUCGGCAGUGACAGGUUCCCACGUUUCUCGGAUCGUCGCUCCAUGCCGAUCACGGAAGCGACGUUGGCGGAGUGUACGAGACUCCGUCCCGCUGCCGCUAUCCACAUCCCCCACAUAGCAUCACGUGAUUGCAAGCUUGGAGGGUACGAUGUCACAAAGGGAAGCGCGAUCACGACCGAUCUGUGGUACCUGGCACUCAGUCCGAACCUUUGGAAAGAUCCUCAAGAUUUUAAACCUGAGAGAUUCCUAGACGCAGAGGGACAGUUCAACAAGAAGCUUGAACCGCUGCCCUUUGGUUAUGGUAAGAGAGUGUGCCCUGGGGAGCAGCUAGCUCGCAUGGAAAUAUUCGUAUUCGUGACGUACCUUCUACAGAACUUCUCACUUACCUUGCCAGAGGGUGCCCCGACGAGCAACAGUGGCAAACAUGGCCUCACCAACAAACCCAACCCUUUCAAGAUAAAUGCCAAGAAAAUAUGAAUUAAAUUAUCUGUAAAAGCCGGAACCGUAAAUGCGUUCUUUAUUUGAUUUUAUUUCUGCAUUUUUGAACAUAAACUAGAAACACAUAUAUUGUCAACAAAAGUUAAAAAUACAUAUGUAAUCAUAACAUAAUAUACAUUAAUUAAAUAUAUAUGCCUUUGCAAAAUCAUGUAAAAUUGGAAAAUGCAGUAGACUGUGAUCUUAGAUCUAGAACGUGUUGCCAGGUGUUUGGAGAAGCAGUAUAAACAACAUAUCAAAUGUUUAAUGUUUAACGGUUAAUUUCCUCUCGAUUUCUCAGUUGAACAUUACCAAUUUCACAAAACUUGGUGGUAUUUAUGUAUGUUUAUGUAAUGUAAAAAAAAAUGUUUGUAAACCACUGACUAUAAUUUUUAGUGAGAUUUGAACCUUCAAAUUAAGGUCGGGUGAAAUCCAAAUAUAAGUUGAUUCUUGUUGAUGUGCAGGGCUGCAUACAACUCAUAUUUUGUAAUUCAAACAUAUAAAUAUAUUUCAUAGAUUUUUCAAUAUUUUUUUUAGUGGAUAAUUUUCUCUAACCUGCUAAGCUCCAUCCUAAAAAAAAUGCUCCAGAUCUCAUUCAUCUUUUGACAUCAUCUUUAGUGAGCUAUAAUUCAAGAGACAGUGGUAUGUAACCCCCCCCCCCUGACAUAGCAACUCAUAUGUUGACAUUGUAUGGUCUAUUUUGAACAGGGGGUCAGCGUUGUCAUAACACUGUCUCUUGUUAGCUCAUUUAUGAGUGACAGAUGAUGUCACAAGAUGAAUGUGAUCUGGAGCAA